AUGCUCUCCAUAAGGGUAACCACAGGCCUGGCACAUGCCUUCCUCUGCCAAGCCAGACUAGUCUUCAGAGAUGCCCUGGGGGCAGCCUUUAUUGCAACAAGGAACACUCAUACCUCUAAGGAAGGCACUUCCAAGUUAGUUUCUCUCCUUGAAUCACGUGUUCUGGGAAGUGAAACCUCUGUUGACCUUAAAGAGUCUGGAAGUGUCCUUACUAUUGGUGAUGGCAUUGCCCGUGUACAUGGGCUAAGGAAUGUUCAAGCAGAAGAAAUGGUGGAAUUUUCUUCAGGUAUAAAAGGUAUGUCCCUCAACCUGGAACUAGACAAUGUUGGUGUUGUUGUAUUUGGAAAUGACAAACUCAUUAAGGAAGGAGAUAUUGUGAAGAGGACAGGAGCCAUUGUAGAUGUUCCAGUUGGUGAGGAGUUGUUGGGCCGUGUUGUAGAUGCUCUGGGCAAUCCCAUUGAUGGAAAGGGUCCAACUAAAACCAAAAAACGUAGAAGAGUGGGUCUGAAAGCUCCUGGAAUCAUUCCCAGAAUCUCCGUGUGUGAGCCUAUGCAAACUGGCAUUAAGGCCGUAGAUAGUUUGGUACCAAUUGGCCGUGGUCAACGGGAGCUGAUUAUUGGUGAUAGACAGACUGGCAAAACUUCAAUUGCUAUUGCAACAAUCAUUAACCAGAAACGCUUUAAUGAUGGAACUGAUGAAAAGAAGAAGUUAUAUUGUAUCUAUGUUGCUAUUGGUCAAAAAAGAUCCACUGUUGCCCAACUGGUGAAGAGACUUUCAGAUGCAGGUGCCAUGAAAUACACCAUCGUGGUUUCAGCCACUGCUUCUGAUGCUGCUCCACUUCAGUACCUGGCACCUUAUUCUGGCUGCUCAAUGGGAGAAUAUUUCCGGGACAACGGUAAACAUGCUCUAAUAAUCUAUGAUGACUUAUCCAAGCAGGCAGUUGCCUACCGUCAGAUGUCUCUGUUGCUCCGUCGCCCACCUGGUCGUGAAGCUUACCCUGGUGAUGUCUUCUACCUACACUCCCGUUUGCUAGAGAGAUCAGCCAAAAUGAACAGCACUUUCGGUGGUGGCUCCUUAACUGCCUUACCAGUCAUUGAAACACAAGCUGGGGAUGUAUCUGCUUACAUUCCAACCAAUGUCAUCUCUAUUACCGAUGGACAGAUCUUUUUGGAAACAGAAUUGUUCUACAAAGGUAUCCGCCCUGCCAUUAAUGUUGGUCUGUCUGUGUCCCGUGUUGGGUCUGCUGCUCAAACCAAGGCCAUGAAGCAGGUGGCAAGUACAAUGAAGCUAGAGUUGGCUCAGUACCGUGAAGUGGCUGCUUUUGCUCAGUUUGGUACUGAUCUAGACCCUGCCACUCAACAACUGCUGAAUCGUGGUAUACGUCUAACUGAGUUGCUAAAACAAGGCCAAUAUGCUCCCAUGGCAAUUGAAGAACAGGUCGCAGUCAUCUAUGCUGGUGUAAGAGGAUAUCUUGACAAAAUCGAUCCCACUAAAAUCACCAAGUUUGAGCAAACUUUUUUAGCUCAUGUAAUCAGGCACCACCAGGACCUCUUGAAUGGGAUCAAGAGUGAUGGAAUGAUCUCAGAUGAGUCAGAGAAGAAGUUGAAAAAAAUUGUCAAAAACUUCUUGGCUAAAUUUAAAGAUUAA